AAGCGAAGUCGUCCAGCCUGGAAGAAGCCUUAGCAUCGCUUCGCUCGUGCUUCCCGAGCCACACCUUGUAUACCCAAUCUCCGCGCUGCCAUCUUCCUACGAUCCUGUACCAUCGGAUGAACAAGGCAAUGUGCUCCGGCUGCAUAUGAAGGAACCUCCACAGUUGACAGUGAUAGACGCGCUCACGGAGCAGUGGGGGAAGCUGCGAGUGCCGAAUGUACCACUGGCAUCUACUGAACUGCCAACGUCUAGUAGUUCAACAAACUUCUCACUUCCCCUCCACUCUUCCAACUCUACCAAAACCGUAGCCGCCAAAGCAGCAUGGAACAGGAUGGCGGUCUCGAAUCCCAUCUUACCAAGCUUUCGAGACGAGCCGCGUCUACAAACGACACAUCCGGGUGCAGACCAUCCUCGUCAGGGCCAGACAAAUAGAGAUCCUAUAAUGAUCGACGAUGAUAGUGAACUUGAUGCGACUGCAGCCUCCAACCGCCCUACAGGCAAUUUCGAGAACACCAAUUUUUUCCAAUCGGGCGAAUUAUCACGCCAGUCGUUAAACCGACGACGAACUCGAAAGGCAAGGUUCUUACGAAUGAGACCUGACCACCGAAGUCGAUGUCCUGAUACUUCGAGCGAUAGCUCUGAGGGUACACUAACACCCGAUAGCUCGGACAGCCCGGAUAGUCUGGAGUUUGACCCUGCAGCUCGUGUUGCACAAUUUGAAAACGAGAACCCAAGACGACCUACUAGAUGCACACACGGGCGAAGUUCUCUCCAUGUAGAUACAGACUACGGGGCGCAAGAAGAGCGAGACCGUCUGCUUGCUGAGCACCUGCAGAUGCAAGAGAAUGCGGCUUAUCGGACGACAGCAUCGCGCGUUACGGAAGUGCCUGAAUCAUCAGUAUCUCAAGCUUCGUCUCCACGGGUACCGUCUCAAAAGAGUGGACGAUUGGCCAGUCUGCGGAGGGCCAUUACCAACAUUGGUACACGAGAGCAUCCUAUCGAUCUAGACUCCGAAUCCGACGAACCCAAAGUUGUUGGCCCUGAAAGGGCGCGAAUCCAAGACUAUGUCGCACUGUAUGGAGAGCCCAUGGAUAUUGAUGGUGUGUCGCCUUUCCACCAAUACAACGCAAGGGCUGUCGAUACACCACAGACUGCAAGCACCUAUGUAGAUGAGAGGACGCACCUGCGGAGUCGUGAUUGCGUCGUUUGCGGCGAUAGCGUUCACGUUGCCGACCUACCCUCUCUUGCUGAAUGUGAUCAUCGACCAGAGACGUGUGCGGACUGUUACUCGGGAUGGAUAACCGCGCAGCUCCAAAGCAGUAGCUGGCGCGAAGCCAAAUGCCCAGGGAACAAGUGCAAGACUGUGCUGUCAUACCAUGAAAUCCGGCUAUACGCGCAGCCGGAGACAUUUCAGCAAUAUGACACAUUCAUCGCCCGAGCAGCUUUCAGCGAAGAUCCUAACUUUCGAUGGUGUCGAGCGUGCGACUCCGGCCAGAUCCACAUGAGCGGUGUCGAAGGCAACAUCUUCACAUGUGUAGCAUGUGGGCACAAAGUAUGCAUCACCCACGAGAACACAUGGCAUGAAGGCGAAACAUGCGAGGAGUUUGAAUAUAGGUCUUCUGGCCGGAAGGAGCGAGAUCAGAGAGCGCAAGAAGAAGCGAGUCUCCAAGCGAUCGGGAAGCUGACCAAAAAGUGCCCCGGUCCUGGAUGUACUUGGAAUAUCGAAAAGAACGAUGGUUGCGACCACAUGACUUGUGAGUUCCGCGUUCCUUUAGACACCUCGUUUGCUGACAUUCGCAGGCUCGAAAUGCCGCUUUGAGUUUUGCUGGAUUUGUCUUUGCAACAUACAGGAAGACUGGCGUAGCCGUGGAGGGCAGAUGGGAUAUUAUUGUGGCGGACUUUGUACUCUCCCUAAGCACAUGGCGGUCCCGGGGAUUUUCUGGCAUCGUUUAGCUUUCAUGGUACUUUUCAACGAUCACGACAUCGUUACACUCUUUCAAAGUCCAUGUCGGGACGUCAGGCCUUCCGCUGCGAAAUGACAUCCGUAUAGAACGUAUUUAC